AUGCCACGCCAUGCCGUGGGCAUGGUUGGAAGUGCAGUGCGGGGAGUGGAGGAUGUGGAGAGGGAGGAGCGUGGCGAGGGCAGUGUGAAGUGCUGCCCGGAGUACGUGCACCAAAUGUUCGGGGACGAUGGCAUCGUGUACGGUUACAAGGACCUGCAGGUGGACAUAUGGAUGCAUGCGUCCACCUUCCUCACCUUCAUCGACAUCUCCUACUCGCAUGAAUUGCCCAAGACGAAGAAGAAGGCGAAGAAGCAGGCGAGCGAUCACAGGGAGCCUCAUGACAUCCAUGCCAUUUUCAAGUCGCUCUUCCCCCAGGGCUUCAUGACGUCAAGGGAGGAGUUCGUUACAGCCCUUCCUCUCCAACCCCAGCUCUUCCGGGACAUGGUGUCAAAGCACGCAACAGUGGAGCAGCCAUGGCAGCAGGUGAAGCAGAAAGGCAGCGGGGGAGAGAGCACAGAAGAUGGAAAGGAGGGAAGUAAUGGAGCGGCGAAAGCAGCAGCAGAUGAUGGUUACAAAGGUGGUGGCGCUGCUGAUGAUACAAAAGCGGCUGCUGAGUGUGAGGUGGUAACGAUGGACCUAUCACAGCAGUGUGUGCGGGACUGGCAUGCGCGCAUGCAGCCUCUCGUCAAGUUCUUCAUUGACAUCCGUCCACUAGAAUUCCUCAUGCCAUUUAAAUGCAUCCCCUCCUCUGCUUGUUUAUCUUCGUUCGACCCACCUCUGUUUGGACUUGCCUGCAAGAUCCGUUCUUGGCCUGUUCUGGCCCUCUUUGCAUACCAGGCAUCACUCGUCUCCGUGUCCCUUCUCAUUCCAUUAGUGUUGCUGCUGUCACCUGUUCUCUUACUCUCGCCCUCGUUCCCCAGGCAUCUCCCACCUUCACCAAUCACCCCUCACGUCCCCCCCACGCCCACCCUGCUCGCCCCGCCCUCCCCACUUGCUCGCCUCGCCGUGCCCACCAGACGGACAGCCCAUCGACUCCACGGACCCUCUCUGGACGCUCUCAGUCGCGGGUGCAGCAGCAUCAGUGAAGGGAGAGAAGGAGGUAGUGGUGGUGGGGUUCUGCACUAUCUACUCCUUCUACCACCACCCCAACAGCUCACGCCUUCGGCUCAGUCAGGUACUGCUGCUGGUGGUGUGGGCAGGGGAGGAAGUAGCAUGUUUCUAGGGCUGUGGAGGAGUGGAGGGCCCAAGCAUGGCUGUGCUUGCUCUCCUUUUCCAAAUGCCUGCUCGUCUCCUCCUGAUUUCCUAAUCCUUUUUUUCCCCUGCCCUCCUCCUCUCUCCCCUCCCCCACACAAACCUCUCCCCGUUUUGGCUUCCCCCCUCCUGCCUGCACACCACAACCGCGCAUCCACCCCUCAGAUCUUAGUGCUGCCGCCGUACCAGGCCAUGGGGCACGGGUCGCGGCUGUUGAACCAAGUGCACGCCAUGGCAUGCCGAGUGCAUGCAUAUGACAUCACAGUGGAGGACCCAUCAGAUGAUCUGCAGCAGCUAAGGGAGGCCCUUGACUGCGUGCGACUGCUCGCCCUGCCUUCUGCUGCUGCUGCCGUGCAGUCGGCUGUUUCGCGGGUCACUGGGUUUGUUAGUGCUCGCUUGCCCACCACUGCUGCUCCUCCUGCUGCUGGUGAUAGUGCUGGUGGCGAUGGUGAUGGUGCUGGUGGCGAUGGUGGUGGAGGGGGUGAGGGAGAGGAGGAGAAGGAGAGCAAGGAAGGCGAGCAGGGCACGGAGGAGAAGAAGCAAGAGGAGGGAAGAGGGAGAGAGGCAGAAGCAGGAGGAACAAAGGGUGGGGACGGAGGUAACAGCGAGGACGGUAAGGAGGGCGGGGAUGACGAGGAGAGCAGGGAGGAGGAAGAGGAGGAGGAGGAGAGCAGCGAGGCGAUAACAGCAAUGGAGUCCCUACUGAUCCUACCCAGCAGCAUGGCAGAAGACGCGAGGGAGCAGCUGCAUCUGAACAGGAAGCAGGUGGAGCGGUGCUGGGAGGUGUUACUGUUCCUGCACCUGCCCUCCAUGGGCAGUGCUGGCCGGCGCGCAUGGAAACGCCUGGUUACCAGCCGAGUCAAACUGGAAGAGCUGGGAGUGAAGGGCGCGCAGGGGCGGGGGCGGGACCGCGGUGUGAAGAGAGCGAGAGGGCAGGAGAGCGGUGAGGGGGAGGGGAACGGGGAGGUGGGUGCAGGCGGUGGUGGUGGUGAGAGGCGGAGCAAGAAGAGGAGGAGCAGGAGGGGUUGGGAGAAGCGGGUUGUGGAUCUGAAAGUAUAUGAGAAUAACAAGCAGAUGUUUGUCAUGUACCAGGUCCCAGUGUCAGUUGAUGCACCAGAGGAGGGCACGGAAGAGGGCAAGCGAAGGAUAAUCAGCGGAACAGGGGAAGGGAAAGGUGCUGAGAGUGAGAGUGAGAGAGUGAGUUCAGACCGGGUGGUUGUUGCUGGGGAUGGAAACUCCAGGAGUGUGGAGGUUUUCCGGAGUGUGGAGGAGGAUGAGGCCAUAAAGAAGGCGCUUCUAGAGCUGGUUGCAGAUAGGGAGGAACAGGUGGUGGCUGCAGCAGUUAUGCAGGAAGAGAUCGAAGCUCAACCCUGCGGUGAAGACGGCGACUCACCGCACACGUCAUCGCGCCGUCAGCAAUCCCCCAGCGCAAACUCCCCCUCCCUAGGAGAUUCCGACCCAGAGCCUACCAACGCAACCGACGCAACCAAUGCUAAUCCACACAAUCAACUACCUCCCAUCCCUCCUCGCGAGCCGCCUGAUCCCACUGAACCAUUGCAAUCCGCUGUAGCGGAAGGAACAACUUCUGAGAUUACCGACACUACGAUUGGUGGUGCUAGACCCACCGCGUACCGCGGAGUGCGGCAGCGGCGCUGGGGUAGAUGGGUGACGGAAAUUCGGGAGCCGGUACGGGGCCAACGGAUAUGGCUCGGAUCGUACGACACUGCGGAGGAGGCCGCUCGCGUGUACGACAUGGCCGCACGCCUUUUGCGCGGUCGGUCUGCUCGGCUGAAUUUUCCUGGGCAGCAGGUGCUGCCCGUCGCCUUGCCGAGAGGCACGGCGGAGAUUCUGCUCGAGGCGAGCCGCGAGGCGGCUCGUAGGACGCAGCGGAGACAGCAGCAGCGGCAGCAGCAGAGGCGACAGCAACAGCUGCAGCAGCAGACUGCGCGGCGGACUCACUCGCCGCCGCUGCCGCCGCCAGUGCCUCCGCAGCAGCACCAGCAGCAACAACAGCAGCAGCAGGCGCAGGCGCACCAAAUGCAGCCAGGAUCUGGCUUGGCAUCAGCGGCGGCUGCAGAUGCAGCAAGCGGAGGCCGUGACUCGCAGCACACUCAGAUGCUAACAGCACCACCUGGCAUGAUGUGGCCUCAGUCACGUGGCGCGGAGGGGCAAAUAGCGGCGGGACAGAGUGGAAUACUCGGGGUGGCAGCGACAGCGUCGGGGUCAGAACCUACACUCGGCCUGUCGUCGCAAAUGCAGGCUUUAACGCGCGUUGAUGCGACGCCCGGUGACGCUGGAGAUCCGCCGCCUGGUAGACCCUUGACGAGUACUUCUACCGCCGCCAUCGCCACUUAUCCGUCACUGCCGUAUAGCUCGCUGCAGCAGCAAGCAUUGAGGGCAUUCCAGGGCGGAAGCACUACGCCGCAGCCUGCGGAUAGCGUUUUAGUUCCUAGGAGCAGCACGAGGACCAGCACUGCUGGUUCCGCUAGUGGCGCCGUGGACAUGCACAGCCUCGCUGUGGCUGCUGCAGCCGCUGCCGUGAUUCUAAGGCAGGCCGCAGCAGGCACAGGGACGCAGUGCUCUCAGAGAGACAUGGACCUUCUGAUUGGCGCAAUGGGCGCAAGGGCAGCAAUGGGCGCAGGCCCGCAAACGAUGGGAAGCGGUGGGGGCGGUGGGGUGGGCUCUGGUAGCCGCGAAGCUGCUGACUUGCUGGAGAGCCUGAGAGCGGCGGAGAGGACAGCCAGGGGAGGGGGUGGCGCAGCUGUGGAGACGCCUGGGGGGGGGAAUGGCGCGGGAGGGGGCAUGAUGGUGGAGGCGGAGCAAUCGAGGGAGGGUCAGGAGAGGCGGGAGGGUCAGGGACAGGUUGCGCUGGGCGUGAGUGAGAUGCGCUGGGCAGCGCGGGGACAAGAAUGGGGAGGAGAGGGGUCUCAGGCGGGAGCUGUUGCGAGGACGGCAGUCACGGGUGGAAAUGAGCAUGCUAGUGGGCAGCAUGGGGCAGGAACAGGGGUUGGGUUUCCCGCAUAUUACGCCCCAGCGGCCAUGGCACAACAGGUCCAGCAGACUCGUAGAAGCGGCUCGUUUCAGGAUACUGUAUCAGCUGCAUGGUCCGAGUCUGCUGGUUCUGACUUGGAUGCUGCAAUGUGGGAGGGAGGGCAGAUGGAAGGUGGAGGACAGGUGGGCAGAGAUAGGGAGGGGAGUGUGGAGGUGGAGGGUGGUGUGGACACAGAAUUGGAGAGGUUUCUCAUGGGCAUUGUGAGUGGCGCAGGGAUGGCGGAAGAUGAUGGGAGAAGCAGCCUUGCAGGUGGAGAUGCUUGA